GUGAUUUGUGGGGAUUAUUGGUAUUGUUGUUGCAGCACUAUGUGUUAGUGCUGCUGGUGGUGUUGCGCAGCAUGUCAUUGUUGGAUUAUUGGGAUACUAAGCGUCCUUUGGCGAAACGCAGAAAAAUCACUGAGGAUAGUGGGCCUGUGAAUGCGGGCGAGGAGAAAGACAGUCCUGAUGAGUUGGAUAGUCCGUUGAUUGAGACAGAUACACCAUUGUCUGAUCGACGAGACGGUUAUCAUACCCUGGAUGAAGUUGGGGAAGAGGCUGAGAAUGAUGCUGAAAUCCCGUCGAACAGCCAGACCGAACUCGAGUCGUCCCUCCCUGCCGUUCAGGCGGACAAUCGCGCAAUCGAGGAAUAUGAAUCUUCCCGUAUCGUGGACGACGAGCCGGACCUACAGCAGAGGCUGAGGAAUGGCACAUGGAGGAAGGGGAGGAGUUCCAUCUACGUGGACGCGUUCAAUCUCGCGCUGGAAACUGUGCUGGAUGAGGAGGCGCAUUUGUUCGAUGCAGCGGAGAUGGAGGUGUUCAGGCAGUGGCGAGAAUUGGACUACGAGGCUCAAUAUCUAUACGUGCGUCUCUUCCUCCGCAAAACCUCUGCAUGGCACCGCAUCGAUCGACUAGGAUACUACUCGGAUAUUGCAGACAUGCCCCGAGUAGUCGCCGAAUUGCGUCGCGCUCGCAAGCUUCCAUCGUCUACGGAUGAAAGUUCCCCAGACAUCGACGCCGUUCCUGUUGACACAGACUUCGUCUUGGGCCUGGAUGGUGUAUUCAGCUUCGCCGAGGAGAUAGACCAAAUAACCACUCUGGAAGAAGCAUCAUCCCUAUUACUCCUCGACGAGCUGAAAACGCUCGCAAAGGAAGCCAAAGUACAAGGGAAGAGUAAAUCAGAGCUCAUCACAGCCCUUCACCGGUCCAGCCAGAACCAAACCGGCCUGAACUGGAGCAAAACCCCCAGCAACAACAGUAACAGCAACAACAACAGAACCAACCACUUCAUCCAAAAAAUCCUCGACCACUCAGGCGACUGCAUCCGACUCACCUCCGGCCCCCGCGCCCUCUUCGAACGAGUCCACCUCGUCUUCUACCGCUCCACCGAAUGGUCCGAGAAAUCCCUCACGACCAUCAUCCUGGCCAAAAUCUCCCGGCGCAACUUCCCCUCCUACGUCGUCUGUCGAACCAACUCCAUCUUCCCAUCACGAGCCACCCUCCUCGAAUUCGAAUCCGCCCUCCGCACCCAAUACCAAAUCGACACCAUCCUCGAAUUCAACGGAACCCCCACCAUCUCCCUCCUCACCCAAAUCAAAGACCUCGCCUACAAAGUCUACCCUCGAUGGAAAACUCUCCUGCAUCAAGAACAACGCAAAGAAGACACCAUCUACGACUGCGGCGAGGGGGCCUACCUCCGCCGCUUCUCCCCAGCAUGGGUCUACACCCGCAUCAUCCACAAGGGCCUGCACCCACUCGGCCGCUUCAAAGAACACGCCGAAGAACACAGACUCCUCUCUGAACUCCUCGCCCAACGCCUCUUCCACCCCGCUCGCCGCGGCGCCUGGUACCAGCGUAAAGCUCUCCUCGAAGAACAUUACCUCUGGGCCCUCACACCAUUCGAUAACCGCAAUGAAGAAUCCCAGCGUAAGCACUGGCGUCGUAUCGCCUUACAGACCUGCGAAACAGGCCUCCAGGACCCAGACUGCCAUCUCAUCUACCAUUACAAUCUCCAGAAACGGAUCACGAAGCUCGAAAAAGCCCUCAAGGUGGUCAAACGCGAACAGCACGACUUCGGACACGUCAUGCUCACUAAACCAAUUACACAUACCAUCCAAGGUAUCCAAAUCGAACGCGACGACCCCGAACCCGUCUCCAAACGAGGCCGUCCUACCAUCUGGCUCGAUGAACGAGAUGGUAGCGAAUGCAGAGUAGAAAGUAUGUGUCUGAGUUGGUAUAGAGAUCGUGGUUGGAAGGGUUAUCACUCCGAGGGUGGUAUCAUUCGAACAUUAUUCACCUACCUCCUCUACGACAUCCUCUUCACCCCCUACCCCAACAUCUUCCAAACGCCCUACCAAACCUGUCCUCUGGACCUCCACACCGACACAUUCUACCCGACACGUCUCAGCGCCAUAAACCACCGAUUGGUGGAAAUCGCCAACGGGGGCGCAGAAUCCCUCCUGAGAGAUGUCCAUGCUCGCGAAUCACCUCGCCAGCCAUGCGCGAUUGGUCUCGAUUGGUCGUUUCCGUUGGAGGAUCUGGUGCAGAUUGUGAGAUGUUUUGGAGGGGAGAGGUUGGCGGUUGUUUGUAGGGUUUUGGCCCAGGAGUAUGCGGUUAGGGGGGGUGGGGUGCCGGAUUUGAUGCUUUGGAGGUGUUUUGGAGGUGAUGGGGAGGUGAUGUUUGUAGAGGUCAAGUCGGCGAAUGAUCGGUUGAGUGAUUCGCAACGGUUGUGGAUUCAUGUUCUAACUGCUACGGGGGUGAGGGUUGAGGUUUGUAAUGUCGUUGCGAGGGAGGUUAGACGG